CGGCGGCUCUGUAGGCGGCCGACGAUGGCCGGCGCCGUGCGGGGCCCGGGAGCGUCGGGGCCUCGGCGGGGAACGACGCCUUGCGACUGCGGGAAAGCGGGCCUGGAGACAGGAAAUAUUUUAACAGAGCCAGUUGGUUUCAUAGAAUCGUGUUUCUCCGCAAAGAAUGGUACGCCAAGGCAGCCAUCUGUUUGCAGUUUGUCCCGGGCUUGUUUGAGGAUAAGAAAGGAUAUCUUUAACAAUCCCGAGCAUUCCCUAAUGGGUUUGGAACAGUUUUCACAUGUUUGGAUUUUAUUUGUUUUUCAUAAAAACGGCCAUUUGAGUAGGAAGGCAAAAGUCCAGCCUCCCAGACUAAACGGAGCCAAGACCGGAGUCUUCUCCACAAGGAGUCCCCAUCGUCCCAAUGCAAUAGGACUGACUCUUGCAAAGCUGGAAAAGGUUGAAGGAGGAGUCAUAUAUCUCUCUGGAAUUGAUAUGAUAAAUGACACCCCCGUCCUUGACAUAAAGCCAUACAUAGCCGAGUAUGAUACACCAAAGAAUGUGCUUAAGCCUUCAGAUGAAUUUAAUUUACCGGGUGAACGAUACAAGCAGAGAAAUUGGCCACAGCCUGUGAACAUCACCGGAAAUUCUGAUCUGGGACAAACAGCAGUGAGCAGAGACCCGUAUCUCCCCUGUAACACUGAAGAGAAACCCAGAAUAGUGGAAGAAAACGAUGUUAAAUGUGAUGGCUCUGCAAAAAUGAUACCACACGUGUCAAAACGCAGUGGCUCAACAGCAGCUCUUUCUUUAGAAACAAGUAGUAACCCAAGCGCACAAAUUAAUGAGCGUCCGCUAAAGGGUGGUAUUUCCGAUACAGAUCUCAAUAAUCUGUCAAGCCAUAACGGGGAGAGGACGGAAGAUGACGAGGCCUCUUUAGAAAACAGUUCAGAGACUCAGUCCUUGCAGCUUUCCAACAUUUCCAGUGUAGUGCCGUCCUGGGUGUCAGACUCCUCUGUUGCUAGUCUCCACGUGCGCUUUACACCUCAUGCGGAAAUGGAUCUUGAACACUUCAACUCAGGAGCUGAUAAAGAUGGUAGUAAAAGCCCAUUCAAGUAUUUUCGUUCAGCACAGGAAGCAAAGCGUGCCAUUACCGUUAUAUUAUCUGCUGACCCCCGAUCUGUCUACCGACGGAAACAAUGUCAAGAUCGUCUUUUCUAUUUCACCGUGGACAGAGCCCAUAUUACUUGCUGGUUUGGAGAUGGAUUUGCAGAAGUGCUGAGGAUCAAACCUACAGAGCCUGUUGCAAGCGGCACCCGUGGUGCUUGCUCGACGUCCCUUUGAAAUCUGUUUGGUGUUACUCGCUCCCAGUAGUGUUCAAAAUGCUGGUAGUCUGCCAACCAAUUGAGCACAGUUAGAAGCGGUAUAUACUGUAAACUACUUGGGCGAGACCUCAUCUAUCGAUUUGAUUCGAUAUGUGAAUUCUCUGUCAGCCCUCGGUAUCUUAAAUAAUGGGGCUGACUUCCCUUUGGAAGCCGGUCAGUCAAUCGGUGAUAUCUAUUGAGCGCUUACUGUGGGCGGAGCACUGCGCUAACUGCUUGGGAGAGUACAGUCCAACAGAAUUGGAGACACGUUCCCUGCCCACAAGGAGCUUACAGUCUAAAGGGGGAGAAUAUCGAACAGGGUUGCUUAUAUAGUCCUCCUUUGAAGCUAGACUGGAGCCUUCUCUGCAGUGAGACAGUACUCCUUUCUGAUCCCAACACCUUUGAAUUCCCUUGUUCAAACUCAUUACGAGGAGAAAAAAAUAAAAUCAAGCAAUCCGAAUGGGAGUUGUCAAACUAAGCAAAGUAACUUUAUGAUGCUGCAUCAUACUCUGCAGUGCACACAGUAAGCGCUCAAUAAAUACCAUUGAUCGAUUGAUUGAAGAUGCACGUUCCCUGCCGUAAAGGACUCACAAUCAAAUGGUGGAGACCGGCAGACAUAAAUGAUUUACAAAUAGUAUGUUUAGGAGGAACAUUUUGCAAAUGCAAAAGAAUGAAAUAUUUAUCCAGCUAAUUAAGUACGCAUACGUUCACACGUGCUGAGGAUGGGAAUAAAAUACAAGUGCACCCUCGGUUCCCGUGAGCCCUGAUAUUUAAAAUCCCCCUAGACUGUAAGCUGUCUACAACUUCUGUUAUGCUCCCCCAAGCACUUAGUAUAGUGCUCGGUACGUGGUAAACGCUAAAUAAAUACCGCGUCAUGAUUGCCGCAUCGUGUGCUGAUUGUUGACGUAGCCCAGGAUCCAAAAGCCCCAUCCGACACUGUGUCCAAUAAAUGUAGAGAAUUAAUUUCCCUUCCCUGCCCCUCUCCCUUUCUUGCUGUGUUUACUUCUGGCUCGGCGCUGUUUGGAGCAGUUUUCUUCCCCCUAGCCGGGCCCCUCUGUCUCUCGUCUCCCCGCCACAAACGCCGUCCCCAAUCUCCUUCAUUUUUUUUAAAAAAAAAAAGGCAAAUGAGCCUUGUUGGAGAUGGGCUGAUAAACUCACCAGCAGACCAGGAGACAGAGGGCUUGGCUACGUCCCCUCCAGCCGCCACCCAGCAGCCUCAGGAAGAGAGGGGAGGAAUAGAAGAAAAAGGAGGGGCACGAGGGUGAACACAUAUCGCAGGCUAGGGAGAAGUGGCGGAGGGUCUCGAAGCCAAUUGCGAGGAGUUUUUUAGUCCACGUGGCAGAUGGCUAGCCGUUGGAGAUCUGUGUCUUUUUCAGUGAUCCUUUCUAAGGGAGGCACCUUUUGACACCUGUCUACAUGUUUUGUUGUCUGUCUCCCCCUCCUAGACUGUGAACCCGUUGUUGGGUAGG